UAUUAUAGCUGGCUCAUCACAACUAGCUUGUUUAAAAAAGUGUCUGUUCAGUGUGCCGCAACCACAGCACUACCCUCGCAUAGCAACCGGUGAAUUAGCCAGUAACAUAAGGACCUAAAAUGAUAUAAAAGUGUGGGUGUGACGGUCGUAUCGUGUGCCCUAGUCGACCAGCGUUUGAACUGGAUGUUUUCUGAUUUGUAAAACAAAAAGACAGAAAUGAUCAACGGUGGUACAUCGGCGCUAGCUAACUAGCAGUCUGGCUAACAGGAAUACUGGGACCCGGCCAGUCAGCAGACUGACAGAAGGCAGCCAAGAUUUGUGUAAACUUGGAGCAAUGGACGGUGACUCAGCAGCAGCCUCAGAGCGAAUUCUGCUGGAGCCGUACAAGUACUUGUUGCAACUACCGGGAAAGCAGGUGAGGACAAAACUGGCUCAAGCAUUUAACCAUUGGCUCAAUGUUCCAGAGGACAAACUGCAGGUGAUCAUCGAAGUGACUGACAUGCUGCACAACGCCAGCUUGCUCAUAGAUGACAUCGAGGACAGCUCCAAGCUGCGGAGAGGUUUCCCUGUGGCCCACAGCAUCUACGGCAUUCCCUCUGUCAUCAACUCCGCCAACUAUGUUUACUUCUUGGGUUUGGAGAAGGUGUUGACGCUGGAGCACCCCGAGGCCGUCCGUGUGUUUACCCGGCAGCUGCUGGAACUGCACCGCGGCCAGGGUCUGGACAUCCACUGGAGGGACACUUACACCUGUCCCACAGAGCAGGAGUACCGCAACAUGGUGCUGCAGAAAACCGGUGGGCUCUUCGGCCUGGCUGUAGGCCUCAUGCAGCUCUUCUCAGAUUGGAAACAGGAGCUGAAACCCCUCCUGGACACGUUGGGCCUCUUCUUCCAGAUCCGCGACGACUACGCCAACCUGAGCUCUCGUGAGUACAGCGAGAACAAGAGCUUCUGCGAGGACCUGACUGAGGGCAAGUUCUCUUUCCCCAUCAUUCACGCCAUCUGGUCGCGUCCAGAGAGCACCCAGGUACAGAACAUCUUAAGGCAGCGCACGGAGAACAUGGACAUCAAACGAUACUGUGUGGACUACUUGGAGAAGGUGGGCUCGUUCGCCUACACCCGUCAGACUCUGCGGGACCUGGAGGUGGAGGCGUACCGACUCAUCAAGGAGUUCGGGGGGAACCCUCAGCUGGAGAGCUUAAUCAAACACCUCAGCAAAAUGCAUAACGAAGCCGAAGCAGAGUCCAGUACCGAGCCGCACUCCAGCCAAAACCACUGACCUCAUCCACCUUUCACUGCUACAUGACUCACGCACACUCCACCAGCACCGAAGCGGUGCUGAUACACUGAUGCAGACAAACACAUUCCUGUAAAGCCCAGCAGGCGCAUGUUACAUUUCACGAAUCAAUUUAUGAGUCGUAAUUAAUCAAUAAACUUGAGCGCUUGAAUUCUGGUGGACAGCUUUGACAGCUUGGCAUUCAGCUGCCCAAAAUGUUGCCUUUAUCUUUUGUGUGCUAGAAGGCCUCCGUCAAAUGUUGCACAUCAAUUUUUGUAUCUAAGUGAAGCAGUGCAGUCAGUGGAGGAAAUGAAUUAAAACAGAAAAUGACUUGAUUUUAGAUUUUGGUUUCCUGAAAAUGAAAAAUAAUAAGGUGGCAACAAAGCUUAAAAGCCUUCUUUUUGAUGCGCACCACAGUGCACAUAAAUGUAUUUUUUUAUAUUUUGGCACCAAAUGAAAGUUGUUUAUCUAGGGCCGAGUGAAUGCUGGGUGUUUUUGCAGAAGUCCCUGUUAAAAUAAGAUGUGGAUGUUUAGAGUGCAUGAUGUGCGAUUUGGGAAUCCUUAUUCAUUAAGCCGCCAGAGUGCCAAUCAUGAAGAAAAGACCUCUGUAACUGAAUUGUCUACUUGUUAUGUAACAUGUGGGCAUUAUAUGCAAAGUAGUGCUCAAGCUCUUUAUGAAUACUCUGUUGAUGCUUUGGUUUAUUGCAGACUGAACAGUAUUUCACAUCUCUGCUAUUUUAUUAGUAUGAUUCAGUUAUGAUAUUUGUGAGUAGACACUGUGCUGCUGUCAGGAAAUUAUUUGCAUCUAUUAAAUUAAAAAAAACAACCUUUAAAGAUAA